AUGGAUUAUCUUGAGGAAACAAUUGAUUUAGUACUAGAUAAGGCGCAAGGAACGUUUACUCGCUUGAGCAAUCUGGCUUAUAAGCAGACACUUGGUGAUAAUAUAUAUAUGAAUAAUUACGACUGCAGGAACUAUGAAUAUGAUGGGUUUGGUAGGGCUAAUUGUUCGAAUAAGGAGGGGUUCUCCGAGGAAAAAUUGUAUGAGAAGUACUUAGCUCAGUUGGCAUCGCUAAUUAUUCAAACGCAGUUUAUGAAGGAUAAGCUGCGAAGUGGGCAAGGCUUGAGUGUGGACCCGUUAACGAUUAACAGGCUUAACGAGGAGGUUGAAGAGAUAAGCUUAUACUUGGACGAAUUGGUACCUGAAAGUGUGUACGCUGCAAGCAUAUGCAGUUCGCCUGGUUCAAUUGCGCAAUCAUUUGUUCUGCGACCGCUAAGAAUUGUGCAAAAACUACAAAAUGAAGUACAGGUAUCCAAUGCUAUAGAUUCAAAUGACGCAAUAUUACAAUCGGAAUCUCUCGGUAGUUCAGCUAUUAUGUUUGGUACUUCACCGCCAGCUACACAUAAAGUUAAUAGGAACGGGAGGAGGACUCUGCGAUGUUCGAAAUCACUCGCUGCUAAUAUGGGCUCAAGUAAAAAUGGAAGCAUCGCUUCUAGCUCUACACAAAGCUUCUUUAACGAGCGUAGACGCCUUUCAGUGUCGAUUUUUGAUGAGGCAGAAUAUCUUUCUGAGGAGGACACACUCUUUACUUACAGCUUUUCUGAUCUACCUUCUGCUGUUACACGUAAGUUAGUGGGUCAGCAGGACGAAAUCCUGCAUGAAGAUUCGGAUGAAGGUAUUUCCAAUGAGCAAAGUCUUAUUACACACCACAGCAUUCGAACUCCCAUACCCCAAUGGGAGAAUGGUCAUCAAACAACAAUUUGCGAUAUAACGCCAUCGCAGAUAAAUUUCAAAAUCGAGUACAACGAUGGUAAUGAUUCGCGAAAGCUUCUAGAGAAUGUUCUUUCUUCGUAUAGCAAUCCUCGAUAUCAUCAAAACUGGUUCUCAGUUAAUAUCAAUGAGUUGCUAUCAAAAUUAAAAGCUUUUAAUCCGAAAACGUUCGUAACUUCAGAGACAGGUUCUCGCGAAGCUGGGGAGAGUCCUUCGAAACACAUUAUAAAAGGCUAUCAGAGACCUACUAUCUCGACAAAAUCUGCAGCCCGUAGCCCCGCUACUCAUGAAUGUUCAAUAAUUGUGGAACGAAAUGGUACCAAGAUAUUCAAUAAAAUAAAUGAACGACCGCAAAUUUUAACAUCUCGCAUAUCUUAUGGAGCCUUAGUGGAGGCUUUAAACACUGAAUUCACAUUUCCUGAUCAUAAUGUAGUCUAUAAUAAAUAG